AGCAUAUAAUAUACAUACGUUUUAUAAUUAUUUGCUAUAAAAUUUAAUUAGUAUAUAAAUUGUAUACGUUUUAAGAUAAUUAGUAAUAGGACUUUACUGAAAAAUUUUUCAAUUAAAUAAUAUAAAAUGAUAGGAAAAGUAAAUAGGAGUAAAAUAAUAUAUAAAAAACUAGUACUGCUUUGUUGUCUAAGCAGUUUUAUAAAUGCAUUUAUUCAAAUAAAGGAAAGUUCAUCACACAGCUCUUCAGACAUUGUAAACACUGAAAAGUAUCGAAAAUUUAGUAUUGAUCCUCAUUUAACAAAUUAUGCCUAAGAUUUAGAAUAUUUUUACAUCGAAAGUGAUUUAUGCGACAUGGAAAAGUUUAAAGAAUCAUAUUAAUUGAAUUUUAUAUCAAACGAAGAUUAAGAUAAAUCAGCAAUUUAGUUAUAAGAAAUGAAAUAUUCAAGUAGAAGUAGCUGUUUAUAUACUGUUUAGAUAAAAUAUGAAUGUCCCUCCAAUAAAUAUUUGAUUAAUUAUUAAUUAUAGCUAUAAGAUAAAGUGGAUUCUUUGAACAAAUGGUAGAUUUAUUGGAAGAAAAUAUGCACAGAAACUAAAAUCCCUCGAAAUGGGCUAAAUAUUGACUUGUAAAUAAACGAUGAAGGAUAAAAAAUAUCUUUGGUGUAAAACGGUGUUAGUAUAUCCACUGAUCCAAUUUAACUAGAAAAAUCUGUUGGUAAACCUAAAUUUAUAGUAUAUUUGUAAGGAGAAGAUUAGUAAGAUUCAUAGAAUGAAGAGUUAUAAUAAGAAAAUGAAAGUGAAUAAAAAAGUGAUUUGACUGUGCUAAAGAAUAUGGUUAUGUAAAUUAAUGAAGAAAUUAUUUAAAGACCUUAGAUUUUCUUCAAUGAAUAGGAAAUCAAUAUAAAAAUAGAAGGAAACUUAAGUAGGGGUGGAUCGAUAAGUAGAAAAGGAAAUUUUGACCAAUCUAUAAAAGAAGAAGAUAAUAUAUUGUUAAAUUUGGAUUGUUUGUAGGAAGGGGAGACAGAAUUUUAACUUUUAGUUCCAUUAAUCCACUUUGAUGAUAUAAAGAUAACAAUCAAUAAAACGUGUGGUAUGAAUAUAAAAGAGGAGCUUAUACAAAUAGAAAGAAAAAUAGGUCUAGAAUUAAUUUUCUUUUUGGUGUUUUUACUGUUUACUGUUAUCCACUUUAUAUUUUCAGUGCUUGUGAAGAAAUAAAAUGUAAUAUAAAGUUAUCCUUUUUUGCUUUCUUUUGUGCACUGUCUAUUACAAACAAAAUGUGUUUAAAAUAAUUAAAAAUUAUAUGAAUUUUUCAUUAGCUUGUCAAUUGUCACUGAGUAAUAAAACAUAAAGCAAUCAUUUAUUGAUGAAAAUUCAAAGCUUACUGACAAAUUUAAUAACAGUCCAGUUGAUUCCUAUAUUAAUGAUGAGCCUGAUAAUUAUGAUAAAUCAAAUUUUUAAGAUAUUCAAGUUAAUUAAGAGACUGACUACAAGCAAGUCAAUAUUCAUUUUCAGUAAGAAAGCUAAAUUUUUAAUUAAAUAAAUUAAGAGGAGGAAAAUGAAGAAUUUUAUGGUUACAUUUGA